GAAAGGAAGGGGGGAGAGACAGAGAGUGAGACAGAGAGAGAGAGAGAGAGAGAGAAGAGCAGCAGAAGAGGCUGUGUUAGACUGCAGAUCCACAGCAACAGCUAGCGUUGGCUAUCGUCUGUGACCGUGUUUUUCCUCGGCUGGUUUGCCUAAUUUAUUCAAGACGGGGCCAGAGAAGAGGAGAAAGAAGGGAAGGGGACAAAACAAUAAAAAACUGCAAUUGUACACCGUGACCGUGCUUACGGGAAUGCAGCGAGGCUUAGGUCUGAAGUCAUUACUGCUGGAUGGACAAGCACUGACAAAACAAGGGAGGGAGAGAAAGAUAAACGGAGAGAGAGGGACGAGGGGAGGCUUGCUGAGAGGUGCUCCCAUUCUGUCUAAGGGCUAAUAGAGAGAGGGUUUCCCUCCUUUUCUCCACUCUUGUCUGUUUUUUUUCUGGUCAUUUGAACUAUUGAAGAUCUCUGGGAGCAGGAGAGGAACAAGAAGCAGACGCUGUUUCACAACAAGUAACAGAGCAAGGAACAGAGCGAGAGAGGGGACGUCACUGCACUUUGAACUAGCAGGACCAGAGGGAGCUGUGGGUGUCUAUCAUUAUCUAUUUAAAAUCUGUGUUCUAAAUAGCGAGCCUCUAGAUUCAGUCUGUUCGUUCCCUGGAUUUGUCUAUCAACUCUGACUAUUGGCUGUCUGUCUGGGGGGAUAGAAUAGUGCUGCCAAGCUAAUGAAACAAAAAGUGCUGUUUAUAAACGUUUUUGUAACAACCUUCUAUGGGGGUUGAAUGACAGCAUUUCAUUUCCAAGAUUUUCUGAAUAUCUGCUUGUGGCACAUACGUAUAACAAAUUCUUCACACAAAUUCGAGCUCCUUGUCCAUCAUUAGUUCUUGCCAAGCUAAAACAGUGCUGCUGCCUGUAAGAUUGAUAGAUAACACUUUCUACACACAGCCCAGAACUGGUCCGACUAGUUUUGUAAGCAGGGUAAAGUAAGUUGGGCUGUUUGAAGGAGAGCAGUCCUUUUCUUCCUGCUCUGCUAGUCCAGGGUGAAAGUAGCGUGGUGUAAGGAGAGAAAAUGAAGACAGGCUCUAUUUUACCCCUCAUCGACCCUCCGCCUAGUGUGGUGGAAUUGAGAGAGACAGAGUAAGUGCGAGAGAGAGCCUGAGCCUCUGUGUAAUUUAUUGUUUUCUGUGAAGGGCAGGCUGCACCCUUUUCUCCCUCCUGAACUCUGAACCGCUUGUUGUGUCAGAACUUUCAGGAGGAGUCAUUGUCUAGGGGUCACAGGAAAAACAGAGGAGUGAAGGAGAAGAACAAGAGAGUGAGAGGUCGGAGGACAGCGCCACGGUAGAGAAAUAGAGCAGUGAGAGGGACCUCCGGGUCAUUUGACGGAGACAGAAGGGGAAAGAGGUCAAAAGAAGGAGUCUGGAACAUGCUGUGCAGUUUCUGUUGUUUUGACUUUCCAUAACGCUGUCAAUUUUGCCUGGAAGCUGACUAAAAACCAAUACCUCUUUGUGUGUGUCGGCCGUGUCGCUCAGAUAUGGCCAUGGUGAGCGGGGGAUGGGGCAACCCUAACGGGGAGACCAACGGACUGGGGCGGGAGAAGGCUUACCUGCGUGGGGAUGAGGAGGAGGGCUCACCCCAGGCCGGGAGUGAUGUGGAGGUGGGAGACGAGGACAAGGCAUGCGUGGUGGACUGUGUGGUAUGUGGGGACAAGUCCAGCGGCAAACACUACGGGGUGUUCACCUGCGAGGGCUGCAAGAGCUUCUUCAAGAGGAGCAUCAGAAGGAACCUCAACUACUCCUGCAGGUCGAAUCGAGAAUGCCAGAUAGACCAGCAUCACCGCAACCAGUGCCAAUACUGCCGGCUGAAGAAAUGCUUCCGUGUUGGCAUGCGCAAAGAAGCAGUCCAGCGUGGGCGUAUCCCUCCAUCCCACCCAGGCAUCAGUCCCACUUCUCUGGUCGGCGGAGGUGGCGGUACGGGGGCUGGGCCAGUAGGGGGCGAAUUCUUCAACGGCCAGCCCGUGUCAGAGCUCAUCUCCCAGCUGCUCCGCGCCGAGCCCUACCCCAGCAGCCGCUACGGACCCCAGUACGGCCAGCAGCAGAUGCAGGGCGCUGGAGGAGGCUCUGUCAUGGGCAUCGACAACAUCUGCGAGCUGGCGGCACGCCUCCUCUUCAGCACCAUCGAGUGGGCCAGGAACAUCCCCUACUUCCCUGAGCUGCCUGUCUCUGAGCAGGUGGCUCUGCUGAGACUGAGCUGGAGCGAGCUGUUCAUCCUGAAUGCAGCCCAGUCCGCCCUGCCGCUACACAUGGCUCCUCUGCUGGCCGCGGCCGGCUUCCACUCCCAGCCUAUGUCGGCAGAGAGGGUGGUGUCCUUCAUGGACCAGGUGAGGUUGUUCCAGGACCAGGUGGACAAGCUGACCCGGCUCCAGGUGGACUCAGCAGAGUACAGCUGCCUCAAGGCCAUCGCCCUCUUCUCUCCAGAUGCGUGCGGUUUGACAGACCCCGUCCACGUGGAGUCUCUGCAGGAGAAGGCCCAGAUGGCUCUGACGGAGUACGAGAGGAUGCAGUACCCGGGUCAGCCACAGCGCUUUGGCCGUAUUCUCCUCCGCCUGCCUGCCCUCAGGGCCGUGCCCGCUAAUCUCAUCUCCCAGCUGUUCUUCAUGCGCCUGGUGGGCAAGACCCCCAUCGAGACCCUCAUCAGGGACAUGCAGCUGUCUGGGAGCUCCAUCAGCUGGCCAUACAUCCCUGGGCAGUGAGGAACAGAAGCCUGGGACACACAGGAUCCUGGAAGAGGAGCCUGGCUGGGACCUAGAACAAGAUGGAGAGGGAUUAGCCAGUGAUGUCAUAAUUCUUAAAGGUGCAAUAUGCAGAAAUCGCUCCGCCAUGUCCUGGUUGCUAAAAUUCUAAUCGUUUCAGUUUCUUUUCAGUUUAUGUGACGAAGCAAGCAGUGUAGAGAAUCAUUGUACCAUCCAAACCAGUGUGAAAUAUAUUUUCAAUAACCAAAAAUAUGGUAGUUUCAGCUGUUUGAAGCUGGUGUACCAAACCAAAAGUAAAAGACACAAAAACGACACUUAAGAAUGGGAAUAGUGCACAUAACACAGAUCUAUCGCUUCUUAGACUUGCUUUCAAUGAGAAUGACAGGUAUAGAACUCACAUUUCUAUGUGAAUUUGGUGG